AUGUUGUUCUUGACCCUCUCCAGGGACAGUCAGACAAGAAAGAUCCAGGAAAAUAUCACCAAUGUGGAGAAACAUUUUGGAGAGAUGUGCCAACUGUUUGCCGGCUAUGUCCGCAAAACAGCCAGGUUGCGAGACAAGGCAGAUCUCCUGGUCCGGGAAAUCAGCUUAUAUGCAGACACAGAGACACCAAACCUGAAGAGGGGUAUGAAGCAGUACGCUGACCACCUGGCUAAGAUUCAAGACUACCGUCAAGCUGAGGUGGAAAGACUUGAAGCCAAAGUCAUAGAGCCAUUAAAAAGCUAUGGAGCUGUAGUGAAACGUAAAAGGGAGGAUCUGAAGACAACUCAAAGUGCCAGAGACAGAGAGGCCAAACAGAUGGCUCAGCUUGAGAGGACCAGACAGAGAAACCCCUCAGACAGGCAGAUCAUUUCUCAGGCUGAAAGUGAGCUCCAGAGAGCCACCAUGGACGCCACACGGACCACCAGGCAGCUGGAAGAGACCAUAGACGAGUUUGAGAAGCAGAAGAUCCGGGACAUCAAGAAAAUAUUUGGUGAGUUUGUGACAGUGGAGAUGUCAUUCCAUGCCAAGGCCUUGGAGGUGUACACCUUGGCCCACCAAAGCAUUCAAAGUGUGGAUGAGGAGGAGGACCUGGAGGUGUUCAGGAGUUCGCUGCACCCCCCUGACUACCAGUCACGCUUAGACAUAGUGCGAGCUAAUUCCAAAACCUCCCUCGAUCGGACUGGGUCCUUCCUGAGUACAUCAGGGACCUUACAGCAACAGCGGGCCUCCAGCCGUCAGAUGAGAAGAGAGGAGGAGGACGACGAAGAGGAUGAAGAUGAAUCCGACGAGGAGGAUGACGAGGAUGAAGAGGAGGACACAGAUGAUGAGAGUUAAAUAAAUGUACGAAACAGAAAGGAUAUCAAAAGAUGUAUUAACUUUUUUUUUUGGUUUUUUUUUUUGUUUUUUUUUUUUACUGUUGUAAACAAAGUGGUGUCAUUGCCAAAAUCACCUCACUCACAGGUGGUCUGAGCAGUAUUGUAGUGGUGCUGUCCUGUAGUUGUGCGAUGCUUUGUAAAAGAGCACGUUGAUCUUUACUACCAUUUGUGUUUGAAAUUCCAGCAUUUGCUGUAUUUUUAUAUCACGCACAAAGCCAAAAUGUGCAUUAUAUGGUCACUUGUCUUUAUGAAUAAAAAAAAACAUUUUUUUUAUGCUUCA